AUGAGUUCCAGCUUUUCAUUUUCGUUCCCAAAGGUCAAUCGCGGUACUUCGACUGGCUCCUCUGUCAAGCAAUUGGCUUGUGCUAGCAGUUUUCCGUUGGUUUCCACCAAUUCUAGCAAAAGAGACUCAGAUUUCUUAACUCACGAGAAUCCCAGCUCUUUGCUUAAGAAGAGUCGUUCCAGAAAUGACACCUUCAGAAGUAGGAACAGCUUCAUAGUUGCCAGAAAUAUCAUCACGAACUUGAUGCCAUCCGAUCUCAAGACCUUCCGGGACCUUGCAAAAACGGUUUCCCUGAUUUGGAAGAAGAGCCCCAGACAAUUCCAGGAGUACUUCCAGUAUCUUUCCUUGGUAGAGGCCUCUUGGUACGAGAAAUCUACUGGAACAAUCAGAAGUGCCCCACCAGCUUUUAAGCAUUCAGAGUAUCGUCAGUUGUGUCGCAGUAGCUAUUAUACUAAAUCUAAAAGGGAUAGUGCACCAAAACAGCUGGCUGAUUCAUUUAAAGACAAAUUUCGGGUUACUAAGGUCAAAAGAGAAAGAAACAAAGGUAGAAGUCAAACAGGUGCCUUUAAGAUCAAGACUAGUUCAGUUAACUGCAGUUUAGGAAUUUUCACUGAGGACAUGUACAAGUGA